GGGAGAACAGAGAGAGUCUCUCUUGUGCACGGCCUGUGCUCGGCUCCAACUGCUGCAUCUCUUGGAGACCUCUGCCAAGGCUGUAAAGGGUAUCUGAAGUUGAAGGUGGACAAGAGGUCAGCCCUGCCUGGAAGCCAAGCUCCUUUGUGCCUGGUCUUCCCUGUACCCCCAGAGCCUACCUCAUCACAGCUACAGAAUGGCCUCCAGCCCAGCUGGAGUUCCUAGCCCACAGCCCUCUAGGGCCAACAGGAGCAUCAACCUGGGGCCAUCAGCUAACCCAAAUGCCCGACCCACAGACUUCGACUUCCUCAAAGUCAUUGGCAAAGGGAAUUAUGGGAAGGUCCUACUGGCCAAGCGCAAGUCCGAUGGAGCCUUCUAUGCAGUGAAGGUGCUGCAGAAGAAGUCCAUCUUAAAGAGCAAAGAGCAGAACCACAUCAUGGCAGAGCGCAAUGUACUGCUCAAGAACGUGAGGCACCCCUUCCUGGUGGGCCUGCGUUACUCCUUCCAGACCCCAGAGAAGCUCUACUUUGUGCUUGACUAUGUCAACGGAGGAGAGCUCUUCUUCCAUCUGCAGCGGGAGCGCAGGUUCCUGGAGCCCCGGGCCCGGUUCUACACUGCAGAGGUGGCCAGCGCCAUUGGCUACCUCCACUCUCUCAACAUCAUUUACAGAGACUUGAAGCCAGAAAACAUUCUCUUGGACUGCCAGGGACACGUGGUACUGACAGAUUUUGGCCUUUGCAAGGAAUGUGUGGAGCCUGAGGAGACCACAUCCACCUUCUGUGGCACCCCUGAGUACCUGGCCCCUGAAGUACUUCGUAAAGAGCCUUACGAUCGAGCAGUGGACUGGUGGUGCUUAGGGGCAGUCCUCUACGAGAUGCUGCAUGGCCUGCCCCCCUUUUUCAACAGUGACGUGGCCAAGAUGUAUGAGAACAUUUUGCAUCAACCACUACAGAUCCCCGGAGGCCGGACAGUGGCCGCCUGUGACCUCCUGCAAGGCCUUCUCCACAAGGACCAGAGGCAGCGCCUGGGCUCCAAGGCAGACUUUCUCGACAUAAAGGACCAUGUGUUCUUCAGUUCCAUAAACUGGGAUGACCUGUACCACAAGAGGCUAACUCCACCCUUCAACCCAAAUGUGGAAGGACCUGCUGACUUGAAACACUUUGACCCAGAGUUCACCCAGGAAGCUGUGUCCAAGUCCAUUGGCUGCACCCCUGACACCAUGGCCAGCAGUUCUGGGGCCUCAAGUGCAUUUCUUGGAUUUUCCUAUGCACAGGAAGAUGAUGACAUCUUGGACUCAUAAAAGACAAGCAUUGGUGAAGCCACCAAGACCAGCUGGCAACUGCAGGGACUACCUUCUGCUGCCAGCAAGGCACACGAGAUUGAUGACUCAAAGAAGAAGGAAGUGCUUUCCAUUGUACUAAAACAAAACAAAAACAAACAAACAAAAAACCAGUGCUGGGCUCAGGCUGGCAGGCAUGGGUCACUGGGUACCCAGGUGUCUGUAGUUCUGAUUUGCCCUUCUUGAGAAAUGACUUCUGGGUUUGGUUGUUGUUGUUGCUAUGACAAAAUAUCCAAGAAAAGUAACAUAAAGAGGAUCUACUUGGGCUCACCAUGUCAUAGGUUUCCGUCCAUGGCUGGCUGGCUCCAUCACUGUGGUCUUUAGCCAGAGCUGAGUCGUCUCGUUGGAAGGAGAGGCACAGAAAGGCUGCUUACCUUAUUCCUACUGGAAUAUAGAAGACUGGGCUGGGAAUAAGACUUACCUUCAGAGUUAUGUCCCAAGCGACCAACACCCUCCAAGCGGGCGCCACCUUGCUAGUUAUCAUUGCCUCUACAUGCCAUACAAUUACAAAUCCGUGAAUGGACUAAAUCAUGCACUAAAAGCCUUGUCAGCUGAACAUGGGAACCUUCAGAAAACACUUCCAAUCCGAACUAUAAUAGCUUUGAAUAGUGGGGUUACAUGACCACAAAAUGGUUACUGGUACCAUAGCCACCCUUGUGUUCUAAGCAAGAAAAAAGGAGGAACAGGACAAGAGUGGGUUGCAAAAGGCCACCAUUAAAGAGUGCCCCAGAAGUGCA